AUGCCAACCCCCAUGGCCACCGUUUAUGUGCAACGCAACGGCGUCCCCACAGCCAUCCUUGUGCCGGCUACGGGCAUCAUCCGCCAACCUCAACCAACCUCAUCCAAAAACGACUCUGCCUCCGAUACCACGGAAUGCACGAAGCGAUACAUGGAAUCCCCAGAGCAACAUCGGGCGCGAUUGGACAGCCAAAGAACUCAACGAAGCUUGGAGUCUCGAGAAGGCCGUGUUAUGUGUUUGAGUAAGCUUCAAGCGAAGAGAAAGCUGGAAUUGACAGAGGACCGUGGUAUUCGCUUAAAUGCAAUGAAAGUGCAACACGCAGCACAAAGAAGUGCUGAAUCUCCCGAAGUUCGCUCUAGUCGUUUGGGUUACCUCAAGGCGCAAAGGAAGGCAUUAAAAAUGUCGGAAACCGUCGAGGAACGCGAAGGCCGACUUGAACGCCGGCGACAAGGACUCCAACAUGUUCAAGAAGCCAAGAGCAACGAAGUAACUGCCUCGGUAGCGCAAUGUACUGCACUGGACGACGCUGGCUUGCUGCACGAAUGCUCCAAGGACAUGAAGUCCCAAAUCCUUGGCGAAUUGGGAUUUGCCGUUGGCCCCUCGGGAAUGGAUCAAUGUGUGUGCUGCGUGUGCAUUUGCAACGGAUUCCACGUGUAUUCAACCGAAGACAAGGACAUCCUGCAAUCCAUGGCAGCCCGACUGCGAAACCCUGACCUCAAGUUUAGCGAUGAGUUGGUCGCGUUUUACGAUUGCAAGGACAUCCAUCCUGCUUUUGUUGGUUUGUUGCUCUCGCGCAAAGGCAUCACGCACGCUGGCAAUGUCAACGACAUCAAAAACCCGAGGGAUAUCGACUUCAACGUUUGCUUGGAGUGUGAAACCGUCCUCCUACAGCCUUGGCUAAGUGAACUUCCACGUCACUACUUGUUUCCGGGCGAGCCAGUGGAUAGCGAGCGUGACAUCGACCAUGAAUUUGAUGACCACGAUGAACAUGCAAUUGUAUAUGCUGAUCAAGAGGCAUGCCUGUAUGACGAUCCCAUCGAAGACAAUGAUGGAAGUUCCAUAGAUGCGUUGGCAGAACACGCCAUUGCAAACCACUUCGUCGUUGGUGAGCUGCCCGACGAACUCUUCAAAGCCACAUGGGCUGAGAUGCUAAUGUGUUCCCUGGUGAGUGUUGUGGCUCAGACACGCAUCAUCCGUGGAGGCGAGCACCGAAUGAUCCGUUCCCACUUGAUCCUGUUCGACGCGGUCCCUGGUCCUACUGCUACGUUGUUGCCCUUGAAGCUGAACCGAGACGCAAUGUACCGUGUUGUGCUUGCUGGGCCAUUUACGAAAGACCAGCUCGUCAAAGUAAAGGAGUAUCAUUUGGUCCGGCAAGCCAUGAUCAUGGAUGUCUUGCAGUUCUACAAGUCCAACAAUCGGUUUUAUGCCGACGUGUCCAUCGACGGGGAUCUCAUUGCCUCCUUGCCAGCGGAAGAUAUACUUGACGGCAUCAUUGAUGAGGCGUUGGGCGUGGACGAGGAGUCAAGCACUGUGGAUAACGAACAAGCAACUGUGAACGGCUUUUCGGGGGGCCCCGACGAAGGAUCAAUCAAGCAUGAGUGUGCUUACGUCGAGCGCAGUGUCCUGUUCACUCAAACAGCAUCAGACAUGGCGCCUGUGAACGAGAAGGAAGUGUUGGAAUCAAUCAAGAACAAGAUCCACCAAAGAACGCCGCGCACAGACCCAGCAGUCCCUGAAUUCAAUGUGCACACAUCCAACAAGAUUUCAAACUACUUUGAAGGUGGCAUUGACGUCCGAAUGUUUCCACAUCUCUUCCCUUUUAGCCGUGGUUACACCAAAGAACGCGCCCGGCGAGUCCCAGUGUCGAAGCUGCAGUGUUGUCGGCUCUAUUGCUCCCUCAACUCACGUCGGUUUGCUCAAGAUCGGUACUUCGUCAUGGUGUCCUUUGAUCGUUUCGGUCUCGAUCGUGGAUUCAUCAACUCCAACUUUUCGACCAAAGUCCGACCGCCCAUGCAUACUCCGGUAGCAAAGAUAUCGCAUGACGAUAUGCGGAAAGGUCUGGAGAACCAAGAUUCCCGUCGAUUUGAUCGUACUCCAAAGUACAAGUUUGUGAACAAGGCCGUCGGCGCACUUCUCCGGUCCGUUGAAUGCAGCUCGUCGUUUGUGUGGGGCAGCAAUGCCGAACGUCGAAUGCACCGCCGAGAAGCUUUUGCCACAGCCGAUCGCUUUGGUCAGCCAAGUCUUUUCGUCACCAUCACGCCAAACGUGGAUGGAACAAUCACUUUGGCGUAUUUGGCAGGAGGCAUCCAAGUCAAGUCGCUGUUUGAUGUACAGUACCUCAAGCACAUGCCUGACAAAGCAACCAUGCAACAACUGGCGAUGAACGACAACAUGGCGUCCGCUACUCUUUUCGAUCGAAGCAUCGAGGCCUUCAUCAAAGUCGUUGUCGGUUUCGACAAGUCUACCGGUCGACCAAGAAAGACUGGUGGUCAAUUCGGCAAUGUCAAGGCGUACUUUGGAAUGGUUGAGACCCAAGGUCGAGGGUCGCUUCACUUGCACCUUCUUGCUUGGGUUUAUGGCGCUCCACGUUCCACGUCCGAGUUCGAGGCCCGAUUGCAGGCAGACCUCAACUAUGAAGCGAUGGUGCUGAAGUACUCAGAGGGUAUUGUGUCCAAUUCGCUGUCCAUUGACCUUCUUCAGACCCCCUGUAAGGCGUGUGAACAUGAGGAUACCAAGUAUGAAGCUCUCUCGACCCUCCCUUGA